CAUUCAAUUGAUUGGAUCGAUUGCAAUCAACAUUCAAGGUUCUACUCUUACAAGGCAAGCUGAUGCUGCUUUGUUGUUGCUCAUAGAAAGCAUUUCGGCCAAUCGGUUGAACGUAAGUACAUUCAACAAUCCAACCUCGCUUACCUUUACGUUUAUCAUCACGUUUACCGCUUCGAAAUGUCUCAUUAUGAUUCGUACGGCUAUGAUCGAAGCGAUCGACUUUUUGAUGAACGAGAUCCAUACGGUGGAGCAGCCGUUGGUUAUGCAGAUCGUGGAAUAAAGAGACAACGUUCUCAUACUCCUGCAUAUGAUGAUGUAUAUCAUGGCAGCAGUGAAAGAGAAUGGGAACACAAACGAAGGAGAUCAAGAGAAGGCGAUUGGGGUUCAACAGCAGAACGAUCACCCGAACGUGGUCGAAGGUCUUGGAAUGAACUUGAUCCCGAAGAGAAGGAAAGAGAAUGGAGAAUGUACGAACGUGAACGUGAUGUCGAAAAAGAAUGGGAUCGAUAUUAUGCAGGCCGUGGUGCAGCUGAAGAAAGAGACCCGCGAUCACGGUCUCAUCGAGAGGGACGACAUACACCUGAAGACGAAUUUCGAAGUGCAGAGGACAGUCUUACAAGGGAAAACGGAGCUGGUGGUCGUUCGACACGUCCAACGGAUUCAUUGAAAGACCCAAUGGAUUCUCGAACCAUUCUCACAUUCAAGCGGUAUGCCCAACUCCUACGAGAAAAUGGCAAAGAACCUGCUGCAAGCUCAAAUUCGAUGGAAGCCACACAGAUUCUGUAUGAAAAAUACCAAGAAUAUCGCAAGGCAUUUCAACGUCGAGCAAUGGAACAAUUCUUUGAGGCACAAAAGAAUGCACCUUGGUUCAGGGAAAAGUUCGGAAUCUGGCCAGAAGAAGAAGAAGCGAGAGCUGCACGUAGAAGGCAAGGCAGAAGCGGGAAACGAAAGGCGUGGCUGAACGAUCUUCGUUCUGGAGCGUUGGAUAAGAUUAAUUUUGACGUCAUUGAAACCCGAGAGCCUAGAAAAGGUCAAGUUGACUCACACAGUACUCAGAGCAAAUACCUCGUUGCAACGAAUCAAGCAGGAGAGAGGGAGGAAAUUGAUGAUGCCGAAUCUGCUGUCCUUCCACCCGAAUCUAAUCAACUCCUCAUUCGAUCCAUACCUUCUGAGAUUGGAAGAUCAUCUAUCGAGGAAGCGCUCAAAGGAGAAGAAGGAUUUCAGCAUCUUGCACUUGGUGAGCCUCAUCCACUCAAGCGAUACGGUCGAGUAGGUUGUGCAGUAUUUGAGCACCAAAGUGCUGAUACGAUGCUCGAUAUUGCGUCCCGCUUGAGCCAAACGACCAUCGAAGGUCAAAGACUUACGUUCGAAUUGGCAAAUCGCCCAGCCCAGGUCAAAUUACGAAUUGCACCAGAGUAUGCAUGCUCUUUACCAAGACUUCUACACGAUCUCAAUCAAGCCCGCAAAGCGCUUCAACUUUUUGAGAGCGAUGAUCGCGAAGAAGCACGGAAAGCGAAUGGUUCUGCAGCCUUGACAGAAGAGGAAAUUGACUUGGAUGCAUCAGAUGCUUCCGAGAUCGAGCAGCGAGCUUUGCACGUCACAUUUCCUGACGGUGCCAAUGCAGAAGGGAUGAGAGGGUGGCUAUCGAGUAUCUUGGAUCUCAAAUCCGGACAAGGUGAGGGAACGAGUACUGCCGAGAACGAUAAUGCGAUCAAUAAGGCCCUUUUGGGAGAAGAUGAGGAAGGAAGUGAAGCAAUUUUGACGAAGCAGGAAUUGCUACGAAAGAAUCUCGAUCUUUGUAUCGAUCUUUUGCGAAAGGUGUACAAUUGCGAUUAUUAUUCUUCCACUGUUUCUGAUUUUCCCGAAGAAUUGGCAAGAAGGGUACCUCGUUGCUUACGAUACAAUUGCGCAAAGCCUAUGACCCAUCUCUCGGCGAUUGCAGAGAAAGCCAAGUUGUGGGCAAGCAAUGUUGACACCAAACAUGAAUUGCUCAUGCGACCGGACGACAGUGAAAUUAGCAAGUAUGGUGGAAUAGAUAUCAAGGCCAUGCUGAUUGAUCUUGCAGCACCUUAUUCUCGUCAAGACGAAGCGGAAAAGCAUAGAUGUAUUGUCAAGGUGAAUGGGGAAGAGUGCGGUAAACCUUUCAAAGCGCAAAUUUUCGUUCAAAAGCAUGUUACCAAUAAACACAAAGAAUGGUUCAAUGAACUUAUGACCGAAAAGAUUGAUGAUGCACGAUUUUACAACAAUUACGUGCGAGAUCCGCAAAGGCCAAUGCCGGUUGUUCAACCGCCUGAACGAAAUGGCGGUACAGCAGCUGCAGCCCAAUCAUCUUUGGGAUCUAGAUUGGGAGGGUAUGAUAAUAGCAAUCCUGCACAGGUGAGCGCAAGUGGAAAUGGCUAUUAUGGAUCGGGAAACCUUGUACGUUUGGGUUUGUCAAGUGCAGCUGCCGGUGCCGGUGAUUAUGCUCGUGAUCGAUUUGGCGAUUCGACUCUUGGCGGUGGUUCAUUGCGAAUGGGUGCAAUCACUUCCGAUCCUUCUUCCGUACCAAGCGCUGGCAUGAGUGUCAGUCGUGCCCAGCUUGAUCCCCGUGCAUCAAUGGCACCCAAGAGCUACCGAGAUUUGGAUGCUGGUGUUCCUUCUGGUGCAGCCGAGACUGAGUUGGAGUACUGA